AUCUACCUUCCCUUUCAGUAGUGAGACGGCCUGACUUGACCAUCUAUUUUCAAGAUGGCAGACCUACUAGGAUCUAUUUUGAGCUCGAUGGAAAAACCUCCAACAAUUGGAGAGGAGGAAAAGAAGAAAGCUAAAAAACAACGUGAACAAUUGGAGAAACUUCAAGCUCAAGAAAAGGCGGCCAAGUCCAAGUUUAGGAAAAGGAUAGUAGAUGAGGUGAACAAGUUCAUCAAUGACAGCUCACGCACCAGGCACAAGUUCGAGGCCAUGGACAAAAUGGCCAGAACUAUCGUGUAUGAUGUAGUAGAGUUUGCUGGACUCACUUCAUUUUCCUUUGGAGAGGAUGAAAAUGACAGAUAUGUGAUGCUCUGUAAAAAGGAAUUUGCCCCCUCAGAUGAAGAACUGGAGGCAUACAGGAGGGGUGAGGAGUGGGACCCUAACAAGGCAGAAGAAAUGAAGAGAUUGAAAGAGGCACAGGUUGAAGAGCCGUCGUCCUCACAAGCCUCGCAGAAAGUUGUCCCCAUGUCGAACUACAAGGACAAGUACAAGCACCUCAUAGGAGACACCUCCGCUAAGGCUGCUGCACAGAUUACUACGGCCAACAAGGCCUAUGGUUUUGUUCCAAGUGAGAACAAAAGAGAUCAACGCUCUAUUGAAGAGGUGCAGAAUCAGAUCAGGGCAAAGAAGAGACAAAAGACUGAGGAUCCUACUGCAGAUGCAGCCCAGUCAUCAUCUAAUGAAGAACAGUAGUACAUGUACAUCAUACCAUGGCUCAUAUUCACAGCUUAUGUAAAAUAGUUAAGAGUUACUUUAUGGUCAAUAAAAGUAUUGUCACUGUAGGAAAGAUGAUUAAAGAAAAAAAAAGA